UGCCCGAGCGUUUCUGUCAGUGGAGCGGUGCGUGUGUUCAGGCAGCGGCGGCGGAUAGGCGGGUUACCUCGGCUUUAAACUUGACUUUUAGAGCAGAACCUGGAGCGUUUUUAUAUUUUUGACUAAAACCGACUGUAGUGUACAACUUCGCCUACUUUUCCUUCAUGGAAUAAGAAGAAAUCUACUGUUUUCCUGUCUGUGGCGGACUAGCACAGCCGGUUAGCUGACCUAAAUAAGCUAACUUAGCUAACCUGGUUAACUAGCAACUAGCUAGCGCGCGACUUUCUGACACUUUUCUGGAUUUUGUAGCUAACCUAGCUAUUUUUUAUCUGCUUGUUUAAAGGGUUAAAAGUAUCAGAAUAAAACAUGGGCACCGGUUUAAAGGAACAGUUAUCUAGUCUGCUGUGUUACCUGCAGGACCCCGUUCUUGUAGCCCGUUUCCAGCAGCUGUGCGGUGUGAGGGGGGUGUUCGCCAAGAGUGAAGCCGGGAUAAACGGCGGAGGUGGCGGAGAAAGAGCCGAGCGGGCCCGGCAGAGAGUAGCGGACCCGGGCGGGAAAGUGGAGAAAAGCCGCUUCAACAACAACGGCGUGGCAAACGGGACCGGUGGGCCGGGUGCCGCCGGGGAUCCGGUGGCUGUCAAGCCGCUGCGCAGGAACUCUCUGACCGGUGAUUCGGGUCACGAGUUCCACAUCAACAACCGGCUGCUGUACUACCUCUUCACCUGCGGCACGGAGCUGGGCAACGAGCUCUUCUACAUCAGCUUCUUUCCCUUUCUCGUGUGGAACGUAGACCCGCUGGUGGCGCGCCGCCUCAUCAUACUCUGGGUCUGGGUCAUGUACGUCGGCCAGUGCACCAAGGACGUGAUGCGCUGGCCCCGGCCUGCCUCGCCGCCCGUGGUCAAGGUGGAGGUUUUCUACAACUCCGAGUACAGCAUGCCCUCCACACACGCCAUGUCCGGCACCGCCGUGCCGCUGGCCACGCUUCUCCUCACACAAGACCGUUGGGAGUAUCCUUUCCUGCUUGGAGUCAUUCUUGCUUUCAGCUGGUGUAUACUGGUGUGCACGAGCCGUAUCUACAUGGGCAUGCAUUCAGUUUUGGACGUCAUUGUUGGAUUCUUCUACAGCCUUCUGAUCCUGCUGUUUUUCAGUCCAGCUCUCGAAGUUAUCGAUACAUUUCACCAAAUCAAUCGAUACGCUCCCGUCCUCAUUAUCUCCCUCCAUGCAGGCCUUGGCCUAUUCUCCUUCACAUUGGACACGUGGAGCACCUCUCGAGGGGACACCGCUCAGAUCCUGGGCACCGGAGCUGGCAUAGCUGUGGCGACCCACGUAAACUACCAGCUGGCUGUGAUUGUAGAUCCUACGGCCUCCAUGCUUCCUUUGCAGUUGCCGCCCCUCAGCUUCGGUCUUGUGGGGUUGUGCCUGCUCAGGUUUGUGUUGGGAGUGCUUGUGAUUUUAGUAACAAGAGCUGUGAUGAAGGCUCUUACCAUCCCACUGGUGUGUUGGGUUGUCGGAAUUUCAAGCAAAGAUGUCCGGAAAGCCAGGCAGAACAUGCAAGUUGAACUACCGUACCGGUACAUUGUUUACUGGACAGUAGGGUUCAGCGCGUUCUGCAUCGUUCCCUGCCUAUUUGUUUACAUCGGCUUGUCUUGAUCAGGCUCCAGUCUGAUCAUUCCCUGAGAGCUCAUGAUGGAUGGAUGGAUGGAUGGAUGGAUGGAUGGAUGGAUGGAUGGAUGGAUGGAUGCCAGCCUUUUAGCACUGCAAAAAAAUAUAGAUAUAUAUAUAUUACCUUCAGCAAAACAUUUCUCUUCACUUUUAGCAGAUUUAGCAGUACAUUAUUCAAAAUAAGACGGUAAAAAACAAUGAUUUUUCAAUACCUUUUGUAUAACAGCAUAUUACCUUCUUACUUUCAGUUCUAAGUUCAUUUCAAACAGCUCUGUUUCAGCUUAGUAAUUGUUUUUAGGUUUUAUGUAUAUUUUCUUUUUUUUCAGCACAUCAUCAUCAGUAGGUAUUCUAAGGAUUUGUUUGUACUGAAUGGCUGGAUGUUGAAGGCACCACCUCCUUUUGAAUGCAUGUUUCGAAUGGGCACAUACUCUCUACAAGGCUGCGGUCAUAUUCUGUGACUGCACCUUCUAGAAUUUUUUAGGUUUGAGUAGCACCUUGAAUGCUUAAAGACUUUCCCAAAAAAAUCAUCCCAUUAUUAGGGAUAAUGAUAUUGUGUUUUAGGCAGGAAAUGUUUGGACCUUGCCUGAGUUACUGUAGAUGUGUUUGAUUUAUGUGACUGAAAUAUCUGUGCAGUUGAUAGAAAGGGCUAUGAUUUAAUUAGUUGAUUGACGGAUGCUAAAUCUGACCAAAUUUACAUUAAAACCUCAGCAGCCGUUAGCUAUGGAUGUGGGAAAAGGGGUGUUUGGUCCAUUUUUGCCAUUACCGGUCAUGUUUGACGUCAACAAUCGGCCUCAUAGAAAAGUGCUUUAAAGCUACAAGAAUGUCAUAAUUAAAGUUUCAGUCCUAGAAGACGGAGAAAUACUCUUCUCUUAGCGUAUCUUAAUAAGGUUUUUUUAUCCUCUAGCUUUUCACUUCUUUGUUUGUAGCCACAAUUGAAUACCACUCAUAUAGGGUUAGUCAGCUGGACCUUGAUUAAGCAGCUACAUUUCAAUUCUUUGAUGUCAGUUUUCUUAAAUGCCCCUGUUGGUACAGGAUUUGUUUUAAUCUUUUAUAUCCCCUUAAAAUCACCAUGGUGAGCUGCUGUUUGAACAUAUUGCUGCAUUACUGCAGCACUAUUUGUGUGUGUGUGUUGAUUUUUUGUGAUUGAAUAGAUGGACUACUGAUGAGGACAGAAGAAUGUUAGGGGGUAUACUAUCUUCAGUAGGGUUCGUAGAGUAAGAAAGUCUUUGUUAAUGCCAACUACAGCUUGUUAUUAUUGCCUGUAGACAAUCGUUUCUAACCACUAUGGUUCUUAUGUUUCGAUAGUAUCUUGAUGUCAUUUUUUAAUAUAUUGUUUUUUUUUUAAAUACUGGUAAUCUAAGCUUUUCUAUGAUCAAUUAUUGCAGGCCUUUGCAGCAAAGAGUCACAAUCUAGCAUCUGUUCUAAGCACAUUAAAUCUGUUUACAGGUUAGCGAGGUUAAUCCAGUGUUAGCUUAGUAGUCUUAGUUUUAGGCCUUAAAGAUUUUUUGUGUGUCUAAAAGUGAUCUUGGUACUGUUUUUUUUUUUUUAAUGCACUGUUUCCCCAAUGCACUGCUCAGACAGGUGCUGGUCUGUCCUUGGUUGUGAUGUAGCUGGUCCAGCCUAUACAGAGUGAGGCGUAUCCUUCUUUACUGUUAGUUGUUCCUCUGGUCUCAUGUGAGCCAGCUGUAAAGGAAGCCUGCUUUCCUGAGGUUUCACCUUUUGUAAACAGGAUGUUUUGUUUGGGGAUAGCAAGAACAGAACCUUCAGCACAGGAAUAGCACAACUCUUCCCUGCUUGUAAGGUUGGUUAUCAGCAGGUGUGAAGCUUUGCAACCUUUUAUUGUUGUACGUCACUUAUUGGCAAUAUGAAAGCUUACUGUGACCUCACAGUGAUAAACCUGAUUAAGAGAUAAGGAGGAUAUGGUGAAGUGAGAUAAAACAUGGCCACUAUUGUCUUCUCUACAAUGGAUUUUCCUUCUGAGCCAGUCAGUAACUGGGUCAGGCAUUUAUUCAAGAGGACUUUGUCUGUAAAUAUGUAAUGUAAAGAAUAGUUUGUUCAUUUGUGAAUGAUUUAUAUAUAUAUAUGAAUUGAAUGAGAAGGUGUGUCCAAACCUUAAGCCUGUACUGUGUGUGUAUAUAUAUAUAUAUAUAUAUAUAUAUAUAUAUAUAUAUAUAUAUAUAUAUAUAUAUAUAUAUAUAUAUAUAUAUAGUGGGUAGCUAGGGUUAUUUUCUCUACCCACUAUUGGAGAAGAACUAUAGUGAUAAUUAGUCUGCAUAUAAAUUGUAGACACUUGCUUCUUUUCUCUACACAUAAAGCCCAAAAGCUGAAGGUCUAUGUAUUUAAUUUGUUAGUUUAUGUUUCUCUGACUGAACUUGACUAAAACAAUUAUUCUGAUCAUUCCAAAUUUAUUUAGACAUUCUCUUGAUACACCACCGUAUACCAGACUGGCAGAGCGCUUGCCUAUGCAGAAUCAUUGAACUCAGGAGAUAUGUGCCCAAAUUGCACUCUUAAAAUAAUUGCUUUAUUUGUAUAACGAUUAUUGGGCCUCUAAAAAUGUUUCAGGUAUGCAGGUAAGUUACCUUGUUUAUUAUGCAAAGAUCUUUUCUAGAACCUUAGAUGACAUCAUUAGAGACACAUUUAUUGAUAUUUUUAUGGUCAAGCUCAUGACUAGACGAAAUCAUCUUGAUCUGUCUUCCAGAGAUUCUCAUUUUUAGAUACUGCUCACUGUAGAAAUCGUUUGUGCCUUUCCUGUAGGUCUCUGAUUAUGAAGAAAAUGAUCAGACUUCUGCUCUAGUUCCUUUGCUGUAACCUAAAUGAGUUAAAGAAUUGAUAUACUCUUACUCGGUUUAUGUUUUAGAGUCUGUGCUUUUACUCCUCGGUGAUGCAGACUAAGCUCAGCUAUGCACUAGUCAAACAUUCACACAGAUGGAGGUUUAAAAAAAAGAAAUAUGUGACAGAAAUAUAAAUAACUAACACAAGUUUUCUUUUUCUCUCUGAAGAUUUUCAUAGAUAUCGUCAUAUACAAUAUGUAUAAAUAUAUUUUUAAAGUACUGCAUUUAAAAUACAACCUGUCUUAUCAGCCAUAAUAUUAAAACCACCUUCCUCAUACUUUUUAGCUCCCAAUUGUGCCACCAAAACAGGUCUGGUUUGUCAAAGAUGUUAUGUAGUAUCUGGCUCGAAGAUUUGUGUUCGCAGCAGAUAUGUUUAAAGCUGUAAGUUGGGAGGUGGGACCUCCACUGCAGAUUUUUACUGUUGUCCAUUUUUUUUAGUUUCCAUUACAGCAACACUUAAGAACUACUGCCUGAUAUGUCCACCUGUAGAAAGGUUUUUGAACCAGAUAGUCAAUGUUAUUCACUUAACCUGUUGGUGGUUUUAAUGUUAUGGCUAAUUCAGGAGAGAAAUAGAACCCAUUGACUAACACAAGUGUAACUUAUGAUUGAAACUGUAGAACUGACGCCUGUAUUUGUUUGCCCUGUGUGUGUGUAAGUGUGUGUGCGCGUGCAUGUUCUGUCUGAAACCUAAGGCUAGAACAGUAGCUAGAGCCCGCUGUGUUUAUCUCUAUGCAGAAAAGAUCGUAAAGAUCCAUUUCAUCACUGACUGACGGACUCUGCACCCAUCUGUUAAAUCCCCCGUGUGUGUAAACUGACCUGGGCUGGCCAGUUGAGGGCUAAUGUGUUCAUUGUUACAUAUUACUGUUUCUUCUCUUCUUGUUUCUCGCUGUACCAAAUGUGUCUUGAACAGGUUUGUGUGUGUAAGAGAAACGAGGUUCUUCUGUUCCAGCGCUGUUUAACGUGUGAGAAUUUGAUUUUUUCUGAUUUUUUUUAUCAGAGCUUCUAACAACUAGUAAUUCCUCCUGUGUUGAAGACAAGGCGCAGAUAUGUGCAGGAGAGGUCAAAGUACAGAAACAUGUACUUGAAUGAAAGUACAAAUACUAACUCUGUAAUUUUUAAAAUUAAAUCAAUUUUUACUCAUUUUCCCUUAAACACUGAUAUUUUAAUGUUUGUCAGGCUACCCUGUAUUUUGGGUCAAUCUAUUAUGCAUUCCAGUCUAAAAAUUCUAUUGCACUAUUACAUCAGCAUGAUUUGGCAGGCAUAAAUAUACUGUUUUGCAUACAAAACUGAGUUUCUGGGAUAAUGGGACCUUUAACCCGUUAACAGACUUUGGCCUGUAUACGGGCUACAGGAAUAGGUGAUACAAAACCCUUUAUCUCUGCAGUAAAAUAAGUUAUUUAUAUUCAGAAACUUUGAGAGCUUUGGAGAGAUUCUUCUACAGAACAGUUGCAUGUUCACUUUGUACUCUUAAUAAUUUUAGAUCAGGAAUCCACUCCAAAUUCUGCAUAAUUGAAAAUAGACAAAAACUAGACAAUCGUAACAAAAUGAAACAUUUGGAGGACAUAAAAUGAUUAAUUUAUAUUUAGGAAACUAUUUAAAAAAGUUCAGGAAAGUGACAAUUUUAUGAUUUUUAUUUAUUAUAUUUUGACAGUUGCAAAUUGACUUCAAUUUUUUUUUUCUAUUACAAUUACAGUUAAAAUUUUCAGUAAUGUAACAUGUAACAUCAGGCAGAAAUUUGACAAAUAUGCUGGCAUGUUAAGGGGUUAAGUAUUGUAAGUAAAAUUAGUAAGAGUGAUUCCAGUCCUUAUUUUUUUAUUGAGUAAUAUAUUAAGACUAGAGACUAUAACAGGAGUGAGGCAGAGUGUGUUGAGGGAUCACUGAUUUGCUUGUUCUUACAUUUUAGAAUCACCUCUGCAGCCACAUCGACCUACUUAGAAACCUACAUCUCACAGUACUUUUACUUUUGAUACCAGUAAAUUGUAAAUAAUGUACUCAAGUAGAAUUACAGAUGGAUUAUUUGUACUUUUACUCCAGUAGUUUUCAGUACAGAUGUUUGAAACGUUGUGCUUCUCCUGAAUUGUGUAAAGAGGUGAAUGCGCCACCUGUUGCCCAUCAUGCAGAACAGCACUGCCUCGGUUUACUGUGGUGGAAACAUGACCUUUGAACACAGUGUAAUACUACACUAUAUGUGAGUUCAACUGGUUAAAAUUGUGUGACCGUUUUGUGUUUUUCUAGAUUGGGAUGUUUGCAUAAUUUCCUCAAAUGCAGAAACUCUGUCUAUUGGUCUAUUUUUGAAGAUGCAAAAAUUAUAAAAUAAUAAAAAUGCUUUUGGCAAACA